GACUUAGCACGAAUAUUUCCUGGAAUGCAUGAAUCAAGAUUUCACAAGGACGGCUGAGUUUGAAUAUACUGGCUGAGGCUUGAAGAUGCCUAUGUACAAAAGGAAACCGUUUCCUUUGCUUGAAACGCCCAAGGAUCUGAAGCCUCAGGAGUUUGUGUAUCAAGUUAGGUUCACCAAAGAGAUAUUCAGGGAUUAUCGUGAAUACUUGAACCGGAUUAAUUUUUAUCGCCAGAGAGUCUGGACUUGUAAAGUUUCCGGAAAGUCUAACCUAACUUUUGAAGAGGCAUUGGUAUCUGAGAAGAAGGCAACUGAGAAAGUUCAACAGUUCCCCAAUGAGCUUCUUGGUCCUGUUCUGCAAGAUGUCCAAUUCAGCAUGCUUACAUUAAAAGCUCUCGUCACCACCAUUGCGAAGAAGCUGCAGGAGCCUUUAUUAGAAGGCAUCGAGUUGUUGGGAAAGAGGAACAACCGGGUAUAUCCGUGCAAAAUUUUGAAAGUUCUUGAUGUAGAUGGAAAAGCUGAGUAUGAGGUAGAAUGGCUGGAUAAAGAUAAAAAGACAGUUGCUAAUGACAUUGUUAAUGAAGAGGUUUUGAUAAGAAGAAAGCUGCCUUUUACCAGAGAUGUUCUCAAGUCAUUCAUUAGAGAAUCUACAUAUCGAAGUGGUCCAUGGGUCAUACAUGAUAACUUAGCGAAAAAAUAUGGCAUUUCAUCUCAUCCUCCCCAGGAAUUGAAGCAUAUAGUUUCUCUUAAAGAAGGGAAGAUAGUUAACAGUAAGAAGGAUGGUAAACAUGAAAAUGGGGAUUUCAGAAUCUGUAAUAGGAAAAGAUCUCUGAAGGAAUGCUUGGAAAAUGAAGAGGAAAAGGAGCCGAUUAAGUAUCCAAUUGAUGAUCUCUUAGUGAAACCAGCCGAAGAUGAUCCAAUUUUCUCUGAGCGGCCUAUUCCAUCAAGAGACUUUAGUGUUCCAAUCGAUAUUGUGGGAGAUCUUCUUAUGGUCUGGGACUUUUGUUCAUCUUUUGGAAGGCUUCUAAACUUGUUACCUUUCUCCCUCGCACAUGUUGAAAGUGCUAUCUGCCACAAAGAAAGCAAUGUGGUUAUGAUUGUGGAAAUACAUGCAGCUUUUCUACGCUUACUCAUGAAGGAUAAUGGGGAUUAUAAAAUGAUUAUAGAAAAGAAGAAACGGAAAGCAAAGAUUACCCUAGUCACAUGGACAGAGUACUUGUGCGAUUUCCUGGAAGUGGCUGACAUUUCCGACUCAUCGAAGGUCAUAUCCACCAUCAAGCGGGGCCACUAUGGCCUUCUGGAAAUCAAUACUAAACUGGAAAUCCUUGGUGAAUUGGUCAAUCAAGUGUUUAUUUCAAACACAUUUAGAGUAAAUAUGGAUGAGUGUAUUGAACAACGUCAAGCCCUUGGAUCUGAAAAAAGAGGUGAAGCAUUGGAAGAAGGAAGGAAGAGGAGAGAAGAGAAACAGCGUUUGAAGGCAGGACCUAAUGACAAGACUCCAUUAGAAUCUUUAGAAAACAGUUCAAAUGAUUUGAUAGUGCAAAAUGGAGAUGCUGAAGCAAAGGAGAAUAGAGGGAAAACUGUUUCACAGAAUGGUAAGAGGCAGAAAGUAGAGAGUACUUCCAAUGGUCAAAAGAUAAAACAAAAGGCUGUAUCAGUAAACAAAAAAGAUUUGUCUAACAAAGAUAGUACCAAACUUAAAAUUGACAACGGGAAGGAAGACAAUGCAAAGAGUAUAGAACAGAGGAAAGAAUAUUUUGAAAGGGAGAUGGAGAAAAUAAUUAUUCGCACGACACCCUUGGGGAAAGACAGAGACUAUAACAGGUACUGGUUUUUCAGACGUGAUGGGAGAUUAUUUGUGGAGAGUUCUGAUUCUAAGCAGUGGGGCUAUUACAGUACCAAGGAUGAGUUGGAGGCUUUAAUGGGCUCACUAAACCGAAAAGGGGAAAGAGAGAGGGCUCUUAAACUGCAGCUGGAGAAGUAUUAUAGUAAAAUAUGUUCUGAGAUGCAAAAAAGGCUAAAGGAGGCAGCUUCCAAUAGUGCAGCGGAUGAGUCUGUUCUGCGCAAGUCAACUCGUGUUCGUGCCCCACCUAGGGACAAUCCUGCACUGGCUUUUCUCAAAUAUGUCAACAGAUGGAGGGAAGAUUAAUCAAACUAUUGCCCACUAAACAGAAAACCGAUGGUGGUCUUCCAAAUUUUUGGUUUUCGGUUUAAUCUGUGUUGUUUCUUUUCUUUUGUUGUCUUCUUGUGGUAACUGUCAUGAUUAUGAUGGCGAUUGAUACAAGGUCGUAUAGAAUUUUGAUAUAUUGUUUGUUAUUAAAACAUUGCUGUUUUUUUUGUUGGAUUU